UGUUUCCAGGUCUCACGAAGACGUUCACUAGAAAACCUGGAAUAUUCAAAGAUAUGUUUAUUUGGGAGGAUGGAGCACCACUCACAUUCAGGAAAUGGUACAAAGACCACAUGAUGACUGAGCCUGGCGGCUCUCGUCUCGAGAUGUGUACAGCUAUGUUAGGGAGGACCGGAUGGCACGACAUCGGGUGUGGGGAUCCAAUUGGCAGUGGCUUUAUCUGUGAAAAGGAAGCUACAAAUGUGACGCGAUCUGUUGGUGUGCCCGUCCUUCCGGUUCAACACAAUGAGCUCCUACACUCUACAUCGCUGUACAUGGCUUGUGACAAUGGCGAGAUUGUGUCCUCACUGCUGAGAUGUGAUGGGAGGAGGGACUGUUUGGAUGGCACAGAUGAGCAGGAAUGUGAUAGUGAAUGCAGUCGCGAUCAGUACAAGUGUGACAACGGCAGAUGCAUCUCCAUCAGCCUCUACUGCGACUACGUCAACGACUGUGGUGACUACUCUGACGAGGAGCACUGUGUGCCUAACCCGUGCAGUGGCGGCUGGUCUUGCGAGAACGGACAAUGUAUAUCGACUGGGGAGAGAUGUGACAUGAUUGAAAACUGUAUGGAUGGCACUGAUGAACAGAACUGUGAUACUUGUAAUAGUUUUGAGUGCCAUGAUGGUCGUUGUAUCCCUAAUUUCUGGAAAAAUGACGACAUCGUCGACUGUGACGGUACGAAGCGGGAGGAUGAAACCUGUCAGCCUGAAGAGAAGCCCUCUCUAAAUCUCACGGAGCCCUCUAAUCAGUAUCCGCUGAAGAUAUAUGGAACGACAAACCUUUCUUGUCUGAGGGUGCCAGAUAUAUUUGGAAAAGUUCCAGCGUCUUUUGAUGGAAAUAACAUUGAUAAUUGUUCGUUAGCAGAAUGCCCUGCAGGAUUCUACACGUGCCCGGGCAGCUACUGCAUUCCUGUCUAUCUUGUGUGUAAUGGCGUCACAGACUGUCCCAGAGGAGAGGAUGAACACCAGUGCGGUCUCUAUAGAUGUCCUGGUUACUACCGCUGCCAGAAGUCUGGAUCAUCCAUCAACCAUUGCAUCCACGCUAACGAACUAUGUGACAAAAUUUACCAUUGCCCAGAAGGGGAUGACGAGAGGUUCUGCCAAAACACAUGUCCCGAUGAAUGCUCUUGUGUCGGAUAUUCCAUCGUGUGCGAAAUGAGGAUGCCAUUAAUUUCAAACCUGCCCAAAACUGCCAGAAGAAUCGAAAUUCAAAAUAUUGACAUGUCAGAAAUGAUUCUAGAGUUUGAUGGAUUUUAUUCAUUGGAGAGUCUGAAGAUUAUUAACUGCAGUUUGAAACGCGUUCCUCAGAUAUUUCAUUCUCUAAAUUUACAGUCUUUGGACUUAAGGGAAAAUCUAAUAACUGAAAUUCCGGAGGGAACCUUUUCAGUUCCUCGACUAAAACAUCUCGAAUUAUCGUUGAACAAAAAGUUUCACCGCAUUAUACCAGGCUCAUUUAGUGGUUUGGGAGCUUUAGAAACGCUCGGUUUAUCUGAUACUGACAUAUCCUAUUUACCAGUUGACGUUUUUCAAGGUAUGCCAAAUUUGAAAGUGAUCUCAAUGGCGGACACCGACGUUGCUAUUAUUGAAACUGGAGCAUUCAACGGACUCUCCCAGGUCAAUUCCUUGAACAUUGACGAUUGCGAGGUUGAAAUCUUUUCUGAAAAUAUGUUCCAAGGCCUUGAUCAUUUGAAGAUACUCUAUGUUGAUACACCCGCGAUGUGCUGUGAUGGGGUCCGACCUCAAACUGUCCAGAAAGAGGAAUGCUAUUCUGAAAAUGAUAAGAUAUCAAGUUUUUCUGACUUGAUAGGUAGUGACUUGCUCCGUAUUUUCCUCUGGAUUUUGGCAGUAAUGGCAGUCAUAGGAAACUUAGCUGCCCUCGGGUUUAGACUUAUAUAUAACAGGUCUGUGCUCAAGAAAGGGUAUGGGAUUUUCAUCACAAAUCUCUGCGUUGCUGAUCUCAUCAUGGGUUUAUAUCUAGUCAUCAUUGGAGCAGUUGGUUUGUUCUAUAAAGGAACCUACAUGUGGCAUGCAUAUCAUUGGAAACGCAGUAUCCUUUGUCAGUUUAGCGGAAUUCUCUCAACCGUUUCCUCAGAGGCUUCCUGUCUCUUCAUUUUCUUUGUCACUUUGGACAGAUUUUUUGCAACCAAAUUCCCUUUUGGCGAAGUCAGAUUCUCUAGGAGAUGGGCGGUAGUUGUUUCAGUACUAACGUGGCUCACAGCCAUAACAUUUUCAGUGACCCCCCUCAUGUUUCAAGACUGGAACUUCUACACAGACAACUCUGUGUGUCUGGCCCUACCAUUCUCUGAUGACAUGACACCAGAGUGGUGUUAUGCAUUCGCUAUCUUUGUAUGCUUCAACUUCCUUGUGUUCCUUCUGAUUGCUUUUGGUCAGCUAUUCAUCUACAGAGUGGUAACUUCACAUGCUUUAGUGAAGGAUGAGAAGCGGAAUGCCCAGGAGUUGGCCAUUGCAAAACGACUCUUCUUCGUGGCUUUCACAGACUUUUGUUGCUGGUUCCCAAUUGGAGUAAUGGGAUUGCUAGCAGCAUUUGGUACCGAGAUUGCUGAUGUUGCCUUCGCUUGGACCUUGGUGUUCAUCCUACCUGUUAACUCUGCCCUCAACCCUCUGCUGUACACACUUCCACUUAUAACACAAAUGAAGUUCUUCAAGAAAUCCAGGCAAAAGACACAUCGGACCACAGAUUCCAACAAGAAGAGUUCCUCGGCUUCGAAUCUUGAUGUCUCCACUUUAUCUAAUGACAAACGUGACGAUUUGAAUGAUAUGAAACAGGAUGGAAAUUCUCUAGUUAACAAACGUCAACGACAUUUGACACAUGUGUAUGCUGGAGUUCCUUCUGAUGGCAUGGAAAGACUCGCGGAUGUUGUCCAGUCAGGAAGAGUAACGGCCCUUGACCUUCAUCAAACGAUUCGCAAAAUUCUUGAUCUUCUUCAUGACUCAAGUUUGAAAGAUCAGAUUUCUCCACUGAAUGAUGAUAAUGUUUACGUCAUGGUAGACAAGCAGAACAUUACGCAGGCAUGCCUUUGCUACGUGGACAGCAGCAAAUCAACUGAACAGCGCCCCAAUUCGGCUGAUUUUACGUUCCUGCUUUCACUGAUGAUGCAUAUCCUGACCUCAUCCUAACACUGGAGACUUGAACUGUACAUGUGUUGAUCUCUCACUGACGAAUGCUACGUCCAAUCGACAUUCUGCAUAUUUCAUAACAUACAUAUUUGCUUUUGGUCAGUGAGGCUAUUCAGGUGAUGAAUUGAAUAGACACGUCACGGUGUUUUAUCACUGAAAGCAAAUAGGAAAUAUUGUUAUUGCAAUAAAUAUUGAAAUAUUUGUGUAAUCGUGGUUGGUAUUUGUUGGUUGUUGUAAAAGUUAUUAUGAAACACUUGAGGAAUUGCAAAGCAAUGAUAGUCACGAAAUCAGUCGUGCCCAAUCCAACAUGACUCAUAUAUCAUGAUAAUCUGGCAACCGAGUAUCUUUGUGUCCAUACCUUCAUUGUGACACACUUCAGUUCCUUAAAUUCUUUCAGUUCCAUUCCAUGGAGCAGGGUACGUGCAUUACCAGCACGAACUGAAGGAAACAAAUGUGCACAUGUGACAUUUAAAGCCACGUGAUAAAAACUCAAUGAUGAUGUUUAUCGCUAGCAAAAUUCAUACGUCUUGAAAAACGCACGUUACUCUGAGUAAU